AUGUUGUAUCUCAUUGGGUUAGGAUUGUCGUACGAAACAGACAUCACAGUCAGGGGAUUGGAGACGGUCAAGAAAUGUAAGAGGGUGUAUCUCGAGGCAUACACGUCAAUCUUGAUGGCAGCCAACCAGGAGUCAUUGGAAAAGUUCUACGGGAGAGAAAUCAUAUUGGCUGACCGUGAGCUAGUGGAGACGGGGUCGGACGACAUUUUGAAAGAUGCUGACAAGGAAGAUGUGGCAUUUUUGGUUGUGGGAGACCCAUUUGGGGCCACCACCCACACAGACUUGGUGAUUCGUGCACGCGAGUUGGGAAUCAAAGUGGAGAGCAUCCACAAUGCGUCGGUGAUGAAUGCCGUGGGAGCAUGUGGGUUGCAGUUGUACCAGUUUGGACAGACGGUGUCGUUGGUGUUUUUCACAGACACGUGGAAGCCAGACUCGUUUUAUGGGAAGAUCAUGGAGAACAGAAAGAUCGGGUUGCACACCUUGUUGUUGCUUGACAUAAAGGUGAAGGAGCAGAGCAUCGAGAACAUGGCGAGGGGCCGGUUGAUCUACGAACCACCUAGAUACAUGGACAUUGCCACUGCGGCACAGCAAUUGUUGGAGAUUGAGUCGAUGAGACAGGAACAAGCAUACACACCCAACACACCGUGUGUGGCCAUUUCGCGAUUAGGGUCGCCAACACAGACGUUUAAAGCCGGUACCUUACAGGAGUUGAGUGAAUAUGAGUCUGGUGAGCCGUUGCACUCGUUAGUGAUGCUUGGGAGACAGGUGCACGAGUUGGAGUUGGAGUACUUGUACCAGUUUGUUGAUGACAAGGAGAAGUUCAAGAAGGUUGUUGAAGAGGAUCAGGAGUAUUUUAAGCCAGCUCCGUAUGUCCCACCUGAAGAUGUGGAUUGCGAGUAG